UUAAAUAUUAUAGUAUAAAGCCAAGAAAAUGGAGCAAAACAAGAGAAUAGAACAGUAAGAAAUUUUUCCAAACAGAACAAAUCAAUGACAAAUUGAAUAUAACCAACCAUUAGCAGAAGAAGGUACAAAAUAAAAGGCAAAGACAAAGAACAAUUAGGACUAGGAGAUAUAAACAAAGUGAGCUUACAGUUGAGUUGCAUAUAAAAAAUGACAACGACGACAAUGGCUAGAAUAUUGAGAGUGAAGAUAAGUAGAUUCCUUAUCAUUUAUGGUUCAUGUGGAGCUACUCGUUCAUGGUGUGUGUGUGUGUGUAUAUAAUGAGAUAAACUGAAGCACAGACACUACAAUCAAUCGAAUCAAUCCGAACAACACGGAAACUCCUAAAUUACAUAACAGAAAUGGGGGGCGGGCAUAUUUUGGCCAUACCUUAUCCAGCACAAGGCCAUGUGAUCCCCAUGCUGGAAAUCUGUCUGUGCUUAGCCAAACACAGGUUCGAAAUCACGUUUGUGAACACGGAGUAUAAUCACAAGCGUGUGAUAGAUGCUAUGGCGGAAGCAAAUCAUACAGAGGAAUGGGACGGUAAUACUAAUAUUCAUCUUGUUUCACUCCCAGAUGGCAUGAAACCUGGAGAGGAUAGGAAUGAUCUUGGUAAAUUGACCGAGGCAAUGUUUCAAGUCAUGCCAAUAAUGCUGGAAGAGCUUAUAAACAAAAUCAAUGGAUUGGGUGGCAAUGAAAUUACCUGUGUUAUUGCUGAUGAGAAUACUGGGUGGGCUCUGCAAGUUGCUGAGAAUAUGGGAAUCCCACGAGUUGCUUUCUGGCCGGCUUCAGCCGCAGUGUUGGCUCUGAUUUUCAAUAUCCCAAAGUUCAUUGAACAAAAACUUAUAGAUUUUGAUGGAACUUUACUUAAAAGCGAGCAGAUUAAGUUGGCGGCAUCAGUACCCACAACCAGAACAGAAGGAUUGGUGUGGGCAUGCGUAGGCGACAAAGAGACACAGAAAAUUCUAUUUCAAGUGUGCUUGAGAAACAACAAAUCAGCGAAAUUGGCAGAUUGGGUUAUUUGCAAUACAGUAUACGAGCUUGAAGAAGAAAUUUUUACCUUAUUUCCUCGUAUUGUCCCAAUCGGCCCACUUUUAGCGAGCAAUCGGCUUGGAAAUUCAGCCGGACACUUCUGGACAGAAGAUUCAACUUGCCUGAAAUGGAUCGACCAGCAAUCUCCAGGCUCAGUUAUCUAUGUCGCAUUCGGAAGCUUCACCGUUCUGGACAACGCUCAAUUCCAGGAAUUGGCCCUAGGGCUUGAGCUUUCCGGCAGGCCAUUUCUAUGGGUGGUGAGGCCGAACAUCACCGAAGAAAACCCUAAUAAUGUCUUCCCAGUAGGGUUCCAAGAGAGGGUGGAAUCACGUGGGAAAAUCGUGGGUUGGGCUCCGCAGCAGAGGGUUUUGAAUCAUCCCUCCGUCGCUUGCUUUCUGAGUCACUGCGGCUGGAAUUCGACCCUCGAAAGCCUUAGCAAUGGCGUCCCAUUCCUGUGCUGGCCGUACUUCGCGGACCAGUUUCUUAACGAGAGCUACAUCUGUGAAAUUUGGAAGGUGGGGUUGAAAUUGGAGAAAGAUGGAGAUGGAAUCAUCAGAAGAACAGAGGUUGAACAGAAGGUGGAGAAGCUCCUCGGAGAUGAAGAAGUGAAACACAGAACUCGAAAGCUGAAGAAAAUAAUGAUGGAAAAUGUGGAAGAAGGUGGUCGAUCUUACAAUAAUUUCAACAAUUUUAUGGAUUGGUUGAAGAGAACGUAACAUUUUUCCAUUUAAUUUGAAGUACUAUCCAGUCCCAGUGUGAUCGCUAUGUGCCUAGAUGAAUGAAUUAAAAGGGAAACUAUAUCCCUUCCUAAAUGUAUAA